AUGCGGCCAAUUAUUGAAACAGAGUCCUCCUCCGACGGCCUCGAAGACGAGGAAGAGGACGGCAACGAAGACGAGGAAGAGGAUGGCAACGAAGACGAGGAUGACGACGACGAUGAGGAUGAAGAUGACGACGACGAUGUCCAAGAGGUCGUACAAUCCUCCGGUGGCCCUCUGGUUCAGUCAAUAGACGAUGAGGAAGACGAGGAAGACGCUGAAGGAGGCGAUGACGACGAUGACGGCGGCGAGGGAGAUGACGACGACGGCGAGGGCGAUGAUGAGGAUGGAGCUAAUGAAAGCAAUGCAGAAGUGAGCAAACGCGAGAAGGCCAGGCUAGUAUACUACUAG